AUGUUAGUCGAUGAUUUCACGAGUACACCUCUCACGACCACCCAAAUUCAUGUGCUACGAGAGGGCAAUGGAAGAGUUCCAAAAAAAGGGGAUUAUGUAACUAUACAUUACAAAUCUAGAGUGGAACAUCAAAUGCAUGAUUUUGAUGAUACAUGGCUCAUCAAGAAGCCCUAUACGUUUAAAGUGGGUGAGAGAAAAGUCAUUGAUGGAUGGGAUAUUGCAUUUCUUUCGGGUCAUCUCCGGGAAGGAACGAAGGCAGAUCUCUACAUACCAUAUGCAGAAGCUUAUUAUGAAAAGGGAGCUCCACCCUAUGUACCAGCCAAAACAAAUCUUAAAUAUCAUAUUGAAGUUUUGCAAGUGAGUGACCACAGGUGUGUCAUUCUUUAA